AUGAUGCCUCCUAAUGAGGAAGAAUCUAGCUUUCCGAGAACACCGGGCGCAAAUCGAAACGAAACCAGUCCGGUUCAAGAAACCCGGUUUACCUCUCUAAGUCAUGUAAUCCCAUGCCUUGACGACGACCACGUCGGUCCGAGUCACCAAUCAAGACAAUCUUCGGUUUUACGCCAAUCUUUACGUCCCAUAAUCCUCAAGUUUGAAGAGUUAACGUACAGUAUUAAAUCACAAACCGGGAAGGGAAGUUAUUUGUUCGGUUCACAAGAACCAAAACCGAACCGGUUAGUAUUGAACGGUGUAAGCGGUAUAGUUAAACCAGGGGAGCUACUAGCAAUGCUUGGUCCAUCAGGGAGCGGCAAAACGACGCUAGUAACGGCGCUAGCCGGACGUUUAAACGGGAAGCUGACAGGAACCGUUAGUUAUAACGGAGAACCGUUUACAAGCUCCGUUAAACGGAAAACGGGGUUCGUUACACAAGACGACGUUCUCUACCCACAUUUAACGGUGAUGGAGACGCUAACGUACACGGCUUUGCUCCGUUUACCUAAAGAAUUGACCCGGAAAGAGAAAAUCGAGCAGGCGGAGACGGUGGUUUCGGAUCUCGGGUUGACCCGGUGUUGUAGCAGCGUGAUCGGAGGCGGAUUGAUCCGAGGAAUUUCGGGCGGGGAAAGAAAACGGGUCAGUAUCGGACAAGAAAUGCUCGUGAAUCCGAGUUUGUUGCUUCUCGAUGAGCCAACGUCCGGGCUUGAUUCGACUACGGCGGCGCGUAUAGUCGCCACGUUGAGAACGUUGGCGCGCGGUGGUCGGACGGUGGUGACGACGAUUCAUCAGCCGUCCAGUCGGCUUUAUCGGAUGUUCGAUAAGGUUUUGGUUUUAUCGGAAGGAAGUCCGAUUUAUAGUGGAGAUUCGGGUCGGGUCAUGGAGUAUUUCGGUUCGAUUGGGUUUCAACCCGGUUCAAGUUUCGUUAACCCGGCUGAUUUCGUUCUUGAUCUUGCUAACGGAAUAGUAUCCGAUACAAAGCAAUACGAUCAAGUCGAAGUAAAUGGAAAAUUAGAUAAGCUGGAAGAACAAAACUCUGUAAAACAGUCCUUAAUUUCGUCCUACAAAAAUAAUUUGUAUCCACCAUUGAAAGAAGAAGUUUCUAGAACAUUUCCACAAGAUCAACCGGUGAUCACUAGGUCGAGAGCAAAGCCAUCAACAAGUAAAUCGAUGGCCAACGAGUUGGUGGAUGCAAUUCUCGGUUCUACUGAAACGAGGUUUAAAGGAGAGAAGUCACGAAUCAUUUUCAGGACUUAG